ACGGUUAAAAAGAACCAAGGAUAAAUACUUGAGUUUUUCUUUAUUUUGUAUCAACCUUAAAAUAACAAAAUCAAUUUAAUAAAAAAUAAGAAAAUUAUUAUAUUAAAAAACUUUAGAAAAAUCAAAAUAAUUGAAAAAAUAAUCCGAAAACAUUAUUUUUGUUGUAAUUAUUAUAAUAGAACUCAAUCUCUAAAUCAAAGAAUUAUUUUCUUUAAAUCAUUAAGUUCUACAUAGAAAUUAGUGAAAAUCAAAGCAUAAAACUUUGAAAAUCAGACAUUUUUUUUUUGGAAUAAUUGAUUUUUUUUUAAAUUUUUUGAUUAUAUUUAUUUUAUCAUAGGAAUGUCAUUUUCUUGUUAAUUUAGAAUAA